AUGGAGGACUACUCUCUUCCUCAGGACUCUCUCUUCCUUGGGUUUGACUGCUCUACUCAGUCACUGAAGGCAACUGUUUUAGAUGCCACCCUCAACAUUUUUGCAACAGAGAUAGUUACUUUUGAUUCUGAGUUGCCCCAUUACAAAACGAAAGAUGGUGUUUACCGGGAUCCUUUGGUGAAUGGGAGGAUUGUUUCGCCCCCUUUAAUGUGGGUGGAAGCAUUGGAUCUCAUCCUUGAAAGAUUUGUGAGAUCGAAGUUGAAUUUUGGAAGGAUUAUUGCAGUUUCUGGUAGUGCACAGCAACAUGGUAGUGUGUAUUGGAAAAAUGGGAGUUCUCAGAUAUUAUCCUCAUUAGACUCCACGAAAUCACUGGUGGAUCUACUUAGUAAUGCAUUUUCGGUAACCGAAUCUCCUAUAUGGAUGGACUGCAGCACGACCCAGCAAUGCAGAGCCAUUGAGAAAGCUGCUGGAGGUGCUUUAGAAUUGUCGAAGCUUACUGGCUCUUGUGCUCAUGAGAGAUAUGCAGGACCGCAAAUUAGGAAGAUAUUUGAGACACAGCCUCAAGUUUAUCAAAAUACGGAGAGGAUUUCCCUAGUUAGCUCCUUCAUGGCAUCUCUCCUUAUCGGAAACUAUGCCUGUAUUGAUCAAACUGACGGGGCUGGGAUGAACCUGAUGGAUAUUAAGCUAAGAUCCUGGUCUAAAAUAGCUUUAGAGGCCACAGCUUCAGGUUUGGAGGAAAAGCUUGGAGAUUUAGCUCCUGCACAUGCAAUUGCAGGUUCCAUGGCUUCCUAUUACGUGGAAAGAUAUCACUUCAACAAGAAUUGCUUCGUCGUGCAGUGGUCCGGAGACAACCCUAACAGCUUGGCUGGGUUGACCCUCAACACUCCAGGAGACCUGGCAAUUAGCCUUGGCACUAGUGACACGGUGUUUGGGAUAGCCGCAGACCAUAAACCAAGCCUUGAAGGACAUGUAUUUCCUAAUCCAGUAGAUACAAAAGAUUAUAUGGUAAUGCUUGUCUAUAAAAAUGGAUCUUUGACUCGUGAAGAUAUUCGUAAUAGAUGUGCGAGGAAAUCUUGGGAAGUUUUCAAUACAUAUUUGCAGCAAACACGACCUUUAAAUGGUGGAAAGAUAGGUUUUUACUACAAGGAGCACGAAAUUCUUCCGCCACUCCCCAUUGGUGAGCACCGCUACGUUGUUGAUAAUUUCAAGAACGACUUUGUGGAUGGACCACGAGAACAUGAAGUUGGGGAGUUUGAUGCUCCGUCAGAGGUUCGAGCAUUAAUAGAGGGGCAAAUGCUCUCGAUGCGAGCUCAUGCCGAGAAAAUUGGAAUGCCUUCUCCUCCAAGGCGGAUAAUUGCUACCGGUGGAGCAUCCGCAAAUAAUUGCAUCCUAAGCUUGAUGGCUUCCAUUUUUGGGUGUAAUGUAUACACCGUCCAAAGGCCAGAUUCAGCUUCUUUGGGGGCUGCAUUAAGGGCUGCUCAUGGUUGGUUGUGCCACAAGAUGGACGAUUUUGUACCGAUAUCAUGCAUGUACAUUGACAAACUGGAAAAGACAUGUCUGAAUUGCAAACUUGCUGCAACUGCUGGAGACGAAAAACUUGUGUCCAAAUAUGCUUUACUGAUGAAGAAAAGAGUUGAAAUUGAAAACCAACUCGUCCAAAAACUCGGUAGAUUGUGA